AUGGCCUUCGCUCCUGUGUCGGGGCAAGGCGCGAAGAAGAAGAAAUCGAAAUCGUUCGGAUUUGAGAGCAUGGGUCUGAGUGCCGCCGUGUAUCGCGCGGUGCGGCGCAAGGGCUACCAGGUGCCGACCCCAAUCCAGCGGCGAACGCUGCCGCUGGUGCUGGCGGGGCAGGACGUGGUUGCCAUGGCGCGCACCGGUUCCGGCAAAACGGCGGCGUUUCUCAUCCCCAUGAUCGAACGGCUCAAGGCGCACUCGAACACGGCCGGGAUCCGCGCCGUUAUUCUCUCGCCUACGAGAGAGCUGGCCCUACAGACGUUCAAGUUCACCAAGGAGUUGGGGAAAUUCACUGACCUGCGAGCGGCUGUGCUGGUGGGGGGAGACAGCAUGGAGGGGCAAUUUGAGGCACUCUCCCGCAAUCCGGACAUUCUCGUCGCGACACCUGGCAGGCUGAUGCAUCAUCUUGCUGAGGUGGAGGGUAUGAGCCUGAAAUCCGUGGAGUAUGUUGUUUUUGACGAGGCUGACCGGCUUUUUGAGAUGGGGUUUGCGGUCCAGCUGAAGGAGAUUUUGCGCGGGAUGCCCGAGUCGCGCCAGACGCUGCUUUUUUCGGCCACGCUGCCCAAGAUGCUCGCGGAGUUCGCCCGGGCAGGUUUGAGGGAGCCGCAGCUGAUCCGAUUGGAUACAGAGACAAAGCUCAGCCCGGAUCUGGCGCUCUGUUUUUUCACGACGAUUAUAUUCGUGGCCACAAAGCAUCAUGCUGAGCUGUUACACGAAGUGUUACAAUCCGAGCGGUUACCUUCUUCGGUUGUUUACGGUGCCAUGGACCAAACUGCUCGAAAAAUCCACAUUGCUAAGUUCCGGGCAGGCAGAACAUCUCUCCUCAUUGUGACCGACGUCGCUGCCCGAGGCAUCGACAUCCCUCUCCUCGACAACGUCAUAAAUUUUGACUUCCCGCCCAAGCCAAAACUUUUCGUGCAUCGGGCAGGCCGGGCAGCGCGCGCGGGCCGUUCGGGCACGGCAUAUUCUUUUUUCACGGCAGAAGAGCUGCCCUUCGUGCUCGACCUGCACCUCUUCCUCUCCAAACCAAUCCGCCCGGCGCCGCUAGAAGACGAGAUCGAGGCGACAGGUGGCGCGAGCCUAUUGGCUGCGAGGGAAGCGCAGGAGCGGGGGGAAACAGUCUACGGCAGAUACAUCCAAACCGAGCUGGACCGUUAUUUGGAGCGGUUGAGAGAGUUGGAGAGCUCUAGUAUGGCGGUGGGGAUGCUGCAGAAGGUGGCUGGAAAGGCCAUGAAGCUGUAUCUGAGAACACGGCCGGCGGCUUCGAACGAGAGUGCGAAGAGGAGCAAGGCGCUGGCAGGCAGGGAGGGCGUGCACCUGCUGCUGAGGGACCGCGUGGGCGGGCUGGAGUCGGCUGCUGCUGCUUUUGCUGAGCAUCUUAAGAAGUUCAGGCCGAAGCAGACAGUCCUAGAGCUCGAGGCAGAAGCAGCCACAGCAAAGAAGAAAGUGGGCCCCAUAGCAGCGGGGUUGGACGUGAUGCGAGCCAAGAGGGAGGCGCACCAGACAGCCAUCAGCAAGCGGCGAGGCAUGCUCGGGGAGGAGGGCAGGGAGGUGUGGGGCCAUGGGGUGGGGGAGGAGGGGGAGGAGGAUGAUGAGGAGGUAGGAGGAGAGGGAGAGGUGGAGGAGGGCGAGGAAGGAGAAGAGGGAGAAGAGGGAGAGGAGGGAGAGGAGGAUGAGGAGGACGCGGAGGGGGAGGAUGAUGAAUUUGAUGGUGUUUUGGAGGGAGACGAGGGAGAGGAUGAAGGGGAAGAGGGUGAGGACGAGGAUGAAUUGGUGGAGACGGGUGAUGGUUUUGAUAGAAAGGGGAGGUUCGAGGCAGAGGUGUUGGACUUAGCGCCUGAUGAUGGUGAAGGGGCGCAAAAGAGAAAGGCAGUGUUCCACUGGGAUAAGAAGAGCAAGAAGUACAUCAAGCUGAAUCCCGGGGAGACGCUGGGCCCAUCUGGCAAGGUGCGCACGGAGAGCGGAGCCAAGGUCAGUGCGGGCAGCAAGGGCAUCUACAAGCGGUGGAAGGAGAAGACGCACAUGCGCGUGGGCGGCAGAGGGCCACGUGGCGGUGGCUCAUUGGACGCUGGUGACGAUGCUGACGGAUGUGGCAUGGGUGGGAUGUGGCAUGGGUGGGAUGUGGCAUGGGUGGGAUGUGGCAUGGGGGAUGUGGCAUGGGUGGGAUGUGGCAUGGGUGGGAUGUGGCAUGGGUGGGAUGUGGCAUGGGUGGGAUGUGGCAUGGGUGGGAUGUGGCAUGGGUGGGAUGUGGCAUGGGUGGGAUGUGGCAUGGGUGGGAUGUGGCAUGGGUGGGAUGUGGCAUGGGUGGGAUGUGGCAUGGGUGGGAUGUGGCAUGGGUGGGAUGUGGCAUGGGUGGGAUGUGGCAUGGGUGGGAUGUGGCAUGGGUGGGAUGUGGCAUGGGUGGGAUGUGGCAUGGGUGGGAUGUGGCAUGGGUGGGAUGUGGCAUGGGUGGGAUGUGGCAUGGGUGGGAUGUGGCAUGGGUGGGAUGUGGCAUGGGUGGGAUGUGGCAUGGGUGGGAUGUGGCAUGGGUGGGAUGUGGCAUGGGUGGGAUGUGGCAUGGGUGGGAUGUGGCAUGGGUGGGAUGUGGCAUGGGUGGGAUGUGGCAUGGGUGGGAUGUGGCAUGGGUGGGAUGUGGCAUGGGUGGGAUGUGGCAUGGGUGGGAUGUGGCAUGGGUGGGAUGUGGCAUGGGUGGGAUGUGGCAUGGGUGGGAUGUGGCAUGGGUGGGAUGUGGCAUGGGUGGGAUGUGGCAUGGGUGGGAUGUGGCAUGGGUGGGAUGUGGCAUGGGUGGGAUGUGGCAUGGGUGGGAUGUGGCAUGGGUGGGAUGUGGCAUGGGUGGGAUGUGGCAUGGGUGGGAUGUGGCAUGGGUGGGAUGUGGCAUGGGUGGGAUGUGGCAUGGGUGGGAUGUGGCAUGGGUGGGAUGUGGCAUGGGUGGGAUGUGGCAUGGGUGGGAUGUGGCAUGGGUGGGAUGUGGCAUGGGUGGGAUGUGGCAUGGGUGGGAUGUGGCAUGGGUGGGAUGUGGCAUGGGUGGGAUGUGGCAUGGGUGGGAUGUGGCAUGGGUGGGAUGUGGCAUGGGUGGGAUGUGGCAUGGGUGGGAUGUGGCAUGGGUGGGAUGUGGCAUGGGUGGGAUGUGGCAUGGGUGGGAUGUGGCAUGGGUGGGAUGUGGCAUGGGUGGGAUGUGGCAUGGGUGGGAUGUGGCAUGGGUGGGAUGUGGCAUGGGUGGGAUGUGGCAUGGGUGGGAUGUGGCAUGGGUGGGAUGUGGCAUGGGUGGGAUGUGGCAUGGGUGGGAUGUGGCAUGGGUGGGAUGUGGCAUGGGUGGGAUGUGGCAUGGGUGGGAUGUGGCAUGGGUGGGAUGUGGCAUGGGUGGGAUGUGGCAUGGGUGGGAUGUGGCAUGGGUGGGAUGUGGCAUGGGUGGGAUGUGGCAUGGGUGGGAUGUGGCAUGGGUGGGAUGUGGCAUGGGUGGGAUGUGGCAUGGGUGGGAUGUGGCAUGGGUGGGAUGUGGCAUGGGUGGGAUGUGGCAUGGGUGGGAUGUGGCAUGGGUGGGAUGUGGCAUGGGUGGGAUGUGGCAUGGGUGGGAUGUGGCAUGGGUGGGAUGUGGCAUGGGUGGGAUGUGGCAUGGGUGGGAUGUGGCAUGGGUGGGAUGUGGCAUGGGUGGGAUGUGGCAUGGGUGGGAUGUGGCAUGGGUGGGAUGUGGCAUGGGUGGGAUGUGGCAUGGGUGGGAUGUGGCAUGGGUGGGAUGUGGCAUGGGUGGGAUGUGGCAUGGGUGGGAUGUGGCAUGGGUGGGAUGUGGCAUGGGUGGGAUGUGGCAUGGGUGGGAUGUGGCAUGGGUGGGAUGUGGCAUGGGUGGGAUGUGGCAUGGGUGGGAUGUGGCAUGGGUGGGAUGUGGCAUGGGUGGGAUGUGGCAUGGGUGGUAUGUGGCAUGGGUGGGAUGUGGCAUGGGUGGGAUGUGGCAUGGGUGGGAUGUGGCAUGGGUGGUAUGUGGCAUGGGUGGGAUGUGGCAUGGGUGGAUGUGGCAUGGGUGGGAUGUGGCAUGGGUGGUAUGUGGCAUGGGUGGGAUGUGGCAUGGGUGGGAUGUGGCAUGGGUGGGAUGUGGCAUGGGUGGGAUGUGGCAUGGGUGGGAUGUGGCAUGGGUGGGAUGUGGCAUGGGUGGGAUGUGGCAUGGGUGGGAUGUGGCAUGGGUGGGAUGUGGCAUGGGUGGGAUGUGGCAUGGGUGGGAUGUGGCAUGGGUGGGAUGUGGCAUGGGUGGGAUGUGGCAUGGGUGGGAUGUGGCAUGGGUGGGAUGUGGCAUGGGUGGGAUGUGGCAUGGGUGGGAUGUGGCAUGGGUGGGAUGUGGCAUGGGUGGUAUGUGGCAUGGGUGGGAUGUGGCAUGGGUGGUAUGUGGCAUGGGUGGGAUGUGGCAUGGGUGGGAUGUGGCAUGGGUGGGAUGUGGCAUGGGUGGGAUGUGGCAUGGGUGGGAUGUGGCAUGGGUGGGAUGUGGCAUGGGUGGGAUGUGGCAUGGGUGGGAUGUGGCAUGGGUGGGAUGUGGCAUGGGUGGAUGUGGCAUGGGUGGGAUGUGGCAUGGGUGGGUAUGUGGCAUGGGUGGGAUGUGGCAUGGGUGGGAUGUGGCAUGGGUGGGAUGUGGCAUGGGUGGGAUGUGGCAUGGGUGGGAUGUGGCAUGGGUGGGAUGUGGCAUGGGUGGGAUGUGGCAUGGGUGGGAUGUGGCAUGGGUGGGAUGUGGCAUGGGUGGGAUGUGGCAUGGGUGGGAUGUGGCAUGGGUGGGAUGUGGCAUGGGUGGGAUGUGGCAUGGGUGGGAUGUGGCAUGGGUGGGAUGUGGCAUGGGUGGGAUGUGGCAUGGGUGGGAUGUGGCAUGGGUGGGAUGUGGCAUGGGUGGGAUGUGGCAUGGGUGGGAUGUGGCAUGGGUGGGAUGUGGCAUGGGUGGGAUGUGGCAUGGGUGGGAUGUGGCAUGGGUGGGAUGUGGCAUGGGUGGGAUGUGGCAUGGGUGGGAUGUGGCAUGGGUGGGAUGUGGCAUGGGUGGGAUGUGGCAUGGGUGGGAUGUGGCAUGGGUGGGAUGUGGCAUGGGUGGGAUGUGGCAUGGGUGGGAUGUGGCAUGGGUGGGUAUGUGGCAUGGGUGGGAUGUGGCAUGGGUGGGAUGUGGCAUGGGUGGGAUGUGGCAUGGGUGGGAUGUGGCAUGGGUGGGAUGUGGCAUGGGUGGGAUGUGGCAUGGGUGGGAUGUGGCAUGGGUGGGAUGUGGCAUGGGUGGGAUGUGGCAUGGGUGGGAUGUGGCAUGGGUGGGAUGUGGCAUGGGUGGGAUGUGGCAUGGGUGGGAUGUGGCAUGGGUGGGAUGUGGCAUGGGUGGGAUGUGGCAUGGGUGGGAUGUGGCAUGGGUGGGAUGUGGCAUGGGUGGGAUGUGGCAUGGGUGGGAUGUGGCAUGGGUGGGAUGUGGCAUGGGUGGGAUGUGGCAUGGGUGGGAUGUGGCAUGGGUGGGAUGUGGCAUGGGUGGGAUGUGGCAUGGGUGGGAUGUGGCAUGGGUGGGAUGUGGCAUGGGUGGGAUGUGGCAUGGGUGGGAUGUGGCAUGGGUGGGAUGUGGCAUGGGUGGGAUGUGGCAUGGGUGGUAUGUGGCAUGGGUGGGAUGUGGCAUGGGUGGGAUGUGGCAUGGGUGGGAUGUGGCAUGGGUGGGAUGUGGCAUGGGUGGGAUGUGGCAUGGGUGGGAUGUGGCAUGGGUGGGAUGUGGCAUGGGUGGGAUGUGGCAUGGGUGGGAUGUGGCAUGGGUGGGAUGUGGCAUGGGUGGAUGUGGCAUGGGUGGGAUGUGGCAUGGGUGGGAUGUGGCAUGGGUGGGAUGUGGCAUGGGUGGGAUGUGGCAUGGGUGGGAUGUGGCAUGGGUGGGAUGUGGCAUGGGUGGGAUGUGGCAUGGGUGGGAUGUGGCAUGGGUGGGAUGUGGCAUGGGUGGGAUGUGGCAUGGGUGGGAUGUGGCAUGGGUGGGAUGUGGCAUGGGUGGGAUGUGGCAUGGGUGGGAUGUGGCAUGGGUGGGAUGUGGCAUGGGUGGGAUGUGGCAUGGGUGGGAUGUGGCAUGGGUGGGAUGUGGCAUGGGUGGGAUGUGGCAUGGGUGGGAUGUGGCAUGGGUGGGAUGUGGCAUGGGUGGGAUGUGGCAUGGGUGGGAUGUGGCAUGGGUGGGAUGUGGCAUGGGUGGGAUGUGGCAUGGGUGGGAUGUGGCAUGGGUGGGAUGUGGCAUGGGUGGGAUGUGGCAUGGGUGGGAUGUGGCAUGGGUGGGAUGUGGCAUGGGUGGUAUGUGGCAUGGGUGGGAUGUGGCAUGGGUGGGAUGUGGCAUGGGUGGGAUGUGGCAUGGGUGGGAUGUGGCAUGGGUGGUAUGUGGCAUGGGUGGGAUGUGGCAUGGGUGGGAUGUGGCAUGGGUGGGAUGUGGCAUGGGGGGGUGGGAUGUGGCAUGGGUGGGAUGUGGCAUGGGAGGGAUGUGGCAUGGGUGGGAUGUGGCAUGGGUGGGAUGUGGCAUGGGUGGGAUGUGGCAUGGGUGGGAUGUGGCAUGGGUGGGAUGUGGCAUGGGUGGGAUGUGGCAUGGGUGGGAUGUGGCAUGGGUGGGAUGUGGCAUGGGUGGGAUGUGGCAUGGGUGGGAUGUGGCAUGGGUGGGAUGUGGCAUGGGUGGGAUGUGGCAUGGGUGGGAUGUGGCAUGGGUGGGAUGUGGCAUGGGUGGGAUGUGGCAUGGGUGGUAUGUGGCAUGGGUGGGAUGUGGCAUGGGGUGGGAUGUGGCAUGGGUGGGAUGUGGCAUGGGUGGGAUGUGGCAUGGGUGGGAUGUUUCAUGGGUGGUAUGUGGCAUGGGUGGGAUGUGGCAUGGGUGGGAUGUGGCAUGGGUGGGAUGUGGCAUGGGUGGGAUGUGGCAUGGGUGGGAUGUGGCAUGGGUGGGAUGUGGCAUGGGUGGGAUGUGGCAUGGGUGGUAUGUGGCAUGGGUGGGAUGUGGCAUGGGUGGGAUGUGGCAUGGGUGGGAUGUGGCAUGGGUGGUAUGUGGCAUGGGUGGGAUGUGGCAUGGGUGGGAUGUGGCAUGGGUGGGAUGUGGCAUGGGUGGGAUGUGGCAUGGGUGGGAUGUGGCAUGGGUGGGAUGUGGCAUGGGUGGGAUGUGGCAUGGGUGGGAUGUGGCAUGGGUGGUAUGUGGCAUGGGUGGGAUGUGGCAUGGGUGGGAUGUGGCAUGGGUGGGAUGUGGCAUGGGUGGGAUGUGGCAUGGGUGGGAUGUGGCAUGGGUGGGAUGUGGCAUGGGUGGGAUGUGGCAUGGGUGGUAUGUGGCAUGGGGGGGGAUGUGGCAUGGGUGGGAUGUGGCAUGGGUGGGAUGUGGCAUGGGUGGGAUGUGGCAUGGGUGGGAUGUUUCAUGGGUGGUAUGUGGCAUGGGUGGGAUGUGGCAUGGGUGGGAUGUGGCAUGGGUGGGAUGUGGCAUGGGUGGGAUGUGGCAUGGGUGGGAUGUGGCAUGGGUGGUAUGUGGCAUGGGUGGGAUGUGGCAUGGGUGGGAUGUGGCAUGGGUGGGAUGUGGCAUGGGUGGGAUGUGGCAUGGGUGGUAUGUGGCAUGGGUGGGAUGUGGCAUGGGUGGGAUGUGGCAUGGGUGGGAUGUGGCAUGGGUGGGAUGUGGCAUGGGUGGGAUGUGGCAUGGGUGGGAUGUGGCAUGGGUGGGAUGUGGCAUGGGUGGGAUGUGGCAUGGGUGGGAUGUGGCAUGGGUGGGAUGUGGCAUGGGUGGGAUGUGGCAUGGGUGGGAUGUGGCAUGGGUGGGAUGUGGCAUGGGUGGGAUGUGGCAUGGGUGGGAUGUGGCAUGGGUGGGAUGUGGCAUGGGUGGGAUGUGGCAUGGGUGGUAUGUGGCAUGGGUGGGAUGUGGCAUGGGUGGGAUGUGGCAUGGGUGGGAUGUGGCAUGGGUGGUGUGUGGCAUGGGUGGGAUGUGGCAUGGGUGGGAUGUGGCAUGGGUGGUAUGUGGCAUGGGUGGGAUGUGGCAUGGGUGCUCACAUCUCUGGUCUUGGCAAGAUGGUGGUCCUGUCAGCUGCAAUCAUCAGCAAGACGGGAAAAGGCAUGUUAAUAAAUCCGCAAGCGAUUGACCUGUCACCCCCCACCCCCCGUCCGCAGUCAGAUCCCUCCCCAACGUUCAAUCACACUUCGUUCCCCCCUUCCCUGCGUUCAAACCACACACCCCGCACCCCCUCCUCCGUCACCACAGGGCGGGGGGCGGGCGGAAGCCUGGCGGCGCCGGUCCAAGGGCAUGGGCAUGAAGCUGGGCAAGUCGACCAAGACGAACCAGUUCCUCGAGUCCCUCAAGGCGGAGGCGAGGUCAUCGUCGAGGAGGUCCUGUCCACCCGCGGGGCCGGGUGUGGCGGGAGCAGCGGGCGCGCAGGCGGCGUUCGGCGACGGAUCCGAUCACGAUCCGGGUGGAGGAGAAGCUGGUGGUGGUGUGGAAGCGCGACGGGCGGGCUGGAGAACAUGGAGGUGCAGGGCACCAUGGCGCUCACCGUGCUCAAGGAGGACGACGCCUUCAUCCGCAUCCAGAUCGACGGCGGGCAUGACAAGAGCUUUCAAUCAAGACGCAUCCGAACAUUGACAAGGCACUGUACGGCAUCCAAGGACGAAACCGUUGUGCCCAUCAGCAUCAACUGCUGGCCAUCGGUGUCAGGUGCAGACACAUACGUGAACAUAGAGUACGAGGCCACACAGGCAUUCGACCUGCGCCACGUGUGGUCGAGAUCCCGCUGCCGGCUCUGCGUGAGGCGCCCCACGCUCAAGGACUACGAUGGCGAGCCCAGGUAUAUGAUUCGAGGAGAUCCGUGUUGGAGUGGUGCAUCGACCCUCAUUGACAACUCCAACCGCAAUGGGUCAAUGGAGUUUGUGGUGCCGGCCACCAACCCCGAUGUCUUCUUCCCCAUUGAAGUGCGCUUCACAUCCGCCAAGACCUUCUGCGACGUCAAGGUGGUAUCUGUGACUCAAGCAAGCAGUGGCCAACCAGUCAAGUUUGCAGGGAGAACACAGAUGAGUGUGGAAAGCUACCAAGUCGUGUAG